CAUUUCCCACCAGUUCUGCGCGAUCCUUUCUCCAGAGCGCUUCUUCCCUCUGUUUCCUCAUUGAUCGACGUUUGUCCGCUGGAUUAGCGCUUGGGUUCACCAUUUGAUCACCUCGCGGCUUUGUUUUUUUCCUUUCAUUCUCAACUGCGCAUCAGCCUUCUACAUAUUGAACCCUGAGCGUAAAGUGAGCAAAAUGGCCGACGAAGAUGGUGCCUCUCCAAAGGAGCUUGUCGUCGAGGCUUGCCGACGUGAUCAGCCUCAUUUGCUGAAAGAGGUGGUGAACGACAAUUUCGCAAAGAAGCCCAAGGAAGAAAUUGCAGCAUUCUUCAACGAUGUCACAGACUCCAUGGGAAAUUAUGCUCUUCAUAUCUGUGCUAUGUACGGCAGCUAUGACGCGAUGGAUUGGCUUUUCGAUGUAGAAGGUUUCGAGUGUGAUCCCCAGAAUCGAAUUGAGAAAGACACUCCUCUGCAUCUGGCCGUUCGCUAUGCCAACGAAAAGGAUAUCAAGCUUGGUCUGGCAAUGGUCAAAAUGAUGCUUGAAGCCGGCUGUGACCCCAGAGUCCGAAACAAGGCCGGGAAGAAGCCCGUUGACUUCACAAUCCCUCAAUACAAGGAGGUCAAGCUUGCAUUGCAAAGGGCAGAGUAUGCCCUCCAGGAGGGAGUGGAGCACGAGGGCCAAGACGAGGAUUCGGAUGAUGGGACGAGUGGCAGCGACGGUGGGUGAAAAAGCAAUUUUUGGGUGAAAUGGACGGGUUUCAUAUGUCAGGCUCCAUCUGAUCCCCACGCGCUUUACAGAAAACAAUUCCUUCUUCUUCCCCACCGUCAGGAAGCAGUGAAUACUCAAAUUUGAC